UGUUCAUGUAAUUAUUCGGGAAACACAGCUGCUGCUGAUUACAAUACCUCCUCCUAGGACGAGUUGUUCCAGUUUUUUUUGAUUAUUGGUAUUGACAUCGGAUACUUUUCCUUGCAUGCCAGGUGAAGUGCCCUUGUAAGGAUUGUUGAAGUAAGUGAAUGAUGGAUAAUCGGGACUGGAUUUCGGAGGCGAGUGUUGACUCUGAUGCACUCUCACCACUUCCACCAUUAGUGAUAUGGACCAGCAGAAGGUCAACUGCGUGUCUUCCACCGCCCAGUAUACCAUAUCAUGGUAUGAUUUAUCCAGCUCUUCAGCACGCAAAUCCCGAUAGUGCUAACCAAGUAGUGACCUCAGAAGGCUCCUUUGCAUAUGGUGCGCUUCAGAAUACCUCAUUCAGCCCUUGGAAUACACAAACAUUUACCUGCAGUGUGCUUCAAGAAUAUCCUUGGGUGGAAAUCGCAGAAGACAAUUUCAGGCACCCACGACCAGAAUUCCAAGGCAAAGAUACGUGGAAUAACGAGUCUUCAAGAUCAGCUGGCGAGAAACCAUGCUCUAGUCCCAUGACAUCACGAAUGGACAUUGACCAAAGAUCACAAGGCAACAGUCUCCAAACUGUUAACUAUCCCGCUUCGUUUUCAGACCACUACACAGGCCACGGGAACGUGGAUUAUAACUUGGAUGGUUGCAAUUACUCAAGCAGGCCCUCCGAUAUUGACCUUCCCAACAUCGGACAUGUUGCAGUAUCUCCUCUAGCACGUAGCGUAUCUGAGGAUGUCAAACAUCAUGAUCGACAAAUGCUCAAUAAACAGCAUACUUCGGAGUCUUGUUCUGAGGAAGAUAGUCGACUUCUAGCUAACUUUCCUCAAGACCAUACGUCACUCAACAAGGAAACAAGGGUGCCACUUGAUCCCCAGCAUGAUGGUGAUUGGGCACAUUCACGUACUGGAGAAGAGCUGCGUAAAUGUAAGUAUUGCGAUAAAUCAUUUUCUACUCAAUCCGGUCUAGCAUGGCAUGAGCGUACACACACAGAAGAUAAACCGUUCAAGUGUGAAGUGUGCGAUAAAUCCUUCACGUGGAGAUAUCAACUGGUUUCUCAUGGACGAAUUCACUCAGGAGAGAAACCCUUUAGGUGCAAGUACUGCCCUAAAUCAUUCAGGGUGAAACACCACCUCACUGUUCAUCAACGUAUCCAUAACGAGGAGAAACCGUUUAAGUGUGAUCUUUGUGACCAAAGCUUUUCCCAAAUUUCUUACCUUAGAGUUCAUAAACGUACACAUACUGGAGAGAAGCCAUUUAAGUGUAACCUAUGUGGCAAGUCAUACAGGCAAAAGGUGCAUCUCACAGAUCAUCAACGCAUCCAUACUGGCGAGAAACCAUUCAAGUGUAAAAUUUGUGGAAAGUCUUUCUCUCAGAAAUCCAAUUUAACAGUACAUGAAAGGUUGCAUCCCUGAAAACAACUGAUCAACGAUUGUGAAAAGUCUUUCAAUGAAAAAAAACACGUAUAAAACCAAGUAAACACGAACACCACACAAAAUGCUUCUUUGCAACGUUAUGGAAAAUGUUCAUGAUAGAAUCGUUUUGAAAUGAAAGUAGCCCCAUCUGAACUCUAUGCAAAAGUCACUGCUUACAUGCUGACUUCUAAAUUUGUAGUAUCACGAACAUUAUCAUUGUUUUAAAGUUGAUAAUUUUAUUGUCCAGUUUCUAACUCUGUUAUUUAAUGCACUUCUUACACGUAUUUCCAUAUCUACUUUUCCUAAAAAUAGCACAGUGGCGCUGAACAUGCGGCUCAUAUUUGAUUAAAUCAGUACCUUUUCGCGCAUCUUUAUUCUUAUGCACACCCACCUCGUAUGGAUGCUUUCCCUUGAAGAAACGUGGCUCUGUUUUGAAAUUCGCACCUGAUGCUAAAUAUGUGAAGUACUUUGUGCCUGUACGUACAUUCGUUCCCAUUUGUAUCGUUAUAGUCCCUGUUAAAACUCAUGAAAUCUUCUAACAAAAUAAUAUCUCAGUGUCUAUUUGCUUGUGGGAAUGUGCAAACAACAGAAAGUGACACUCAUUACGAAGAAUGGAACAUGUGACAAUUUGUUUGCCCUGAUAUGCUCUACCACUAAGCACUCUACCACUAGUGGUCGUCUAAGCAGGGACCGUUCAACAUUUCCCUUUGCCUCCUGCGAAUCCUCCAAGUUGGUCAAGGAACAUACAUGACGUUUAAUGUUUUAUCUGUGUUGUUUUUACUUAGUGCGAAAUUCACGAUGAUCAGUUCCCUUUAAUAUAUUAUCAUUCCGUAUCAUUU